AUGCCACCUCUACACAUUGACAAGAUAUCUUUGGCGUCGUUCCAAGCCACGUUGUCGCGCUACACGGAUACAGCGCCCUCCGCGCUAUCCGAGCUCGACAGUUUGCGCUAUGAUACAAUACCUUCCAAAUUAGCCAAAAGCGAGGGAGAUGCGUCGUUGCAGAAAGCCGAUGUUGAGAAGCUGGUCGAGUGGAAACUAAAACACGGCACCUACCGCCCAGCACUGCUCGGGCUCGUGAAAUCGAAUCCAGCAGGCCUUGUCAAAAGCACGACACAAGAAGCAUUCGCCUCCCUCCGGGCCGACAGGGAUGCGAUCAAAGCGCUCAAGAUCCUGACCAGGCUGCGCGGCAUUGGUCCUGCUACGGCUUCACUCCUGCUCAGUGUCUUUCAGCCCGCUGCGGUGCCGUUCUUCUCAGAUGAGCUGUUCCGCUGGGCGCGCUGGGACGCGUCUGGGACGACCGGGUGGGGGAGGAGCAUCAAGUACACCAUCUCCGAGUACUCAGAGCUGCUGGCGGGCGUGGAGGCGAUGAGGCAAAGACUGGGCGUUUCGGCCGUGGACGCGGAGAAAGCAGCGUAUGUUCUGGGGAGGGAGGGAGUUGCCAUGAACGUCGACGUGGACGUGAACGUGGACGUGGACGUGGAUAUGGACGUGAACGUGGACGUGGCCAAGGCCGAGCAGCACGCCGCAAGAGUCGAAGACGAGAAAGCCAGCCCAGCACCCGCCAGCCCAUACGAAGCGGCAGCAGACAACAUCCCCAAGCAGCGCACCAAGCGAUCCCCAAGCGGCACCAACCCAGAAGCAACGAACCCGCAUCCCAACGCAGCCAGCGACCGAGCAAAGACGCCGCAAGCACACGCCUCAGCACAACCCCGCGCCCAUCCUCGCGCGAAACGCAAAGCGCACCAGCAGCCUACUGCAGUGCCACGGCGGAGCACGCGAAGGAAAAUCGUAACCGCGGUUUGUACCUAG